AUGUAUAACCAGUUUUUCUUUUUUUUCUUCAUACUAUUAUGGGCACCAUUUAUCAGCGGAAAACAGGCAUGGAAUAUUGAUUCUAUUGAAGUUGAAAUAUCAUCAAAUUUACCUGGAAUUUCAACUCGAAAAUAUGUUAUACCAGAUGAAUCAGCUCAAUCAUGGUCACUUGGGAAUUCUGAUACAUUAUCAUUAAGUUUUAAUGUCAAACGGGGAUCUCAUUUAGCUCAACCACAUCAAAGUAUGCUAUUAAUCGGACAUCCAGAAAAAGAAAUGGAAAGUGUACUAGUUGUUCCUGUAGAUUCUAAUGGAAAGGCCCGUUUGGUCCUGAAUCAUAAUAGAAUUCCUCUUUCAUUAUUGUUUUCAGAAACGCCCUUAUCAUUAACGCUUGUUAUCGGCUCUUUUGGUGAUACAAUACCCUUAUUAUAUGAAUUAGGAAAACUUGAAAUUGUUGAUAUUAGUAAUGAACAUGAAAUGCCUACACCUCCCAUACGAUACGGUCCACUCUCUGAAAUUUCUCACACUUUUUCUCCUAAAGAAAAAGAAUACUCAAAAGUCCUGUCAUUAAUAUUUUCUGGUGCAAUUUCAAUUGCUUUUAUUAAGCUUUUUAAAAUGUUAAAAAAUACAUCUUUUGAAACAUCUUCGUUUUUUUUUGUUUUAAGGGAGAGUUCUUUCUCUUGUUUUUUAUUUUUUCUUUUACUUUUAUCUAUUGAAUUUUUAUUUUAUCUACAUUGGACUUCUAUUCGACUUUUACACACAUUAGCCGGGAUUUUGAUCAUAUCACCUCUUCUUUUCCUUUCUGGAAGAAAAACUUUAUCUGAAAUACAAAGAAGAAGGACUUAA